GUUGGCAAAAGCAAAAACAAAACAAAAACAAACGUUCACAAUUAACCAGAUAAACUCUUUGGCAGGAGAUAUGGAUGAGCCAAUGGAUGAGUUUUGCGAGGCAGACUCGACACAGGGUAAUGAGGGUCCCAGCACAACAAGAAAUAACGCUACAAACCCUCUGUUAAGACCAGGAAGCAUGGUGAUGAUGACAAUCACUGUGGAGGAUUACGAGACCCAGUACUGGCCAAAACUAGAGCAAGCUAUCCACCAGCUGUUGACAAUGACCCCCGGCCAGUAUAUCCCUAUCUCAUACGAACAGAUGUACAGUUGUGUGUACAAGUGUGUAUGUAAGCAGUUUUCAGAACGCCUUUACCAGGACCUGAUACAUUACAUGGCAGAACACCUGACUUCCCUAGCACAACUCCUGGACUCGCUGGUGCCAUGCCCAGCAGAUUUCCUGGACAAAUUCUCCUUUAUAUUAAACCAGUAUUUAACAGCGUUAAGUGGUAUUGUCCCUAUAUUUAAUUACAUGAAUCGUUUUUACGUGGAAACAAAAUUAAAGACAGACUUAAAUGAUGAGUUAAGAAAGUUAUUCAGGAACAGAAUAGUAGACACACAUAUCACAUUAGUUUUAUCAUUGUUAGAAGAGGCCCAUAGCAAGCCGUUCACCGUUUCCCCACCAACCAUGUCCUGUCUCGUGAAAAACCUCUACUCUUUGAAUUGCGACUAUGCCAAUUUAAAGCCAAGUGUGUUCUCCAAAUACAUCCCGAACAUCCUUCCCCCAACGUCGGUGACAGACCUGGACCGAUACAUCGAGGAAGCGCGGCUUAUGCAAGAACAGAUACAAAGCCUGCCAGAGUUCCAAGAUUGUGAUGGUUCUGGUCGGAGAAAACGACGCCAGGACGAGUUGAUGUUGUGAUAGACUGUGAUAACCUGACCAUGAUUUUGAAUAAGAUGCUGACAGAACGAUGAGUGGUGGUCAAUGUAACAUUGUCCCUGAUUUUACUGUUACUCUGUAAAAUUAAAAACAACAACAUGGAAUUAACGUGCGUGACGAUGUCAUUACCAUAGCGAUGUGACACUUGCCAUAAUUUUACCGUCAUUUAACAGCAGUUUGACUCUGACUCAAAACCACAUGCAGGCUUUAAACCCGAGAACUUGAUAUGAAUAAUGAAGUUUCUAGUGGUGUUAUGUUUUUAUUGGGGAGCAAUGAAUAGUUUCUCUGAACCAUUAUAGUCUUUUUAUGUGUAACAUUUACACUUGAGGGAUUCAGAUUGUAAAUUAUUAGAUUACUGUGGUAUGUUAAGGUAUCCAAAGGAGAAUAAUGAUAAUUUUGGAUGCCUGUCGACCCCAUAUUAUUUUGAAAUCAUUUGAAAGGGUUUUUGCGGGUAGAACAAGAUGUAACACUUAAUUGCACAUAUUGGAAACUGUCUUUUUUGGCAUAAGAAUAUUUAUUAGACAUAUUUCUAAUCAGUAUGCAAUGCUUAGGUUAUGCAUAUUGGAAACAACCUUUGUUUGCAUUGGAAGAUUUUUUUACAUAUUUGUGAUCAGUAUGCAAUACUUAGAAAAUACAUAUUGGAAACAAGCAUUUUGGACGCAUAAUAUUUUUGUACAUGUUUGUAGUCAGUAUGCAAAAUUCUUUCAAAUGACUACAACAUUAAACGAGGUCACCGACAUCAAAAUGCCACAUUAUUGUCUUUGGCUGAUGGAAUUAGGCUUAUUUGUACAUGAGCUACAUCAAGUUUACCAGAAAGUCAUCUAAUUGCGUUAAAAUUGUUAUACAAUAAACAAACAUAUACUAUGGCACAUUCUAUCCAUAUAUCAUUUCAUGCCUUUAUAUUUUAUCAUUCAAUUUAUGUUAUUAUAUGAUGUAAUGUUUUAGACUUGAGGAUUGGAUUUGCAUUGGAAAUUUUCAUUUUGAUUCUAAAAUACAUUUAAUUGAAAGUUGUAAAUUAAAACAUAAUUGAAUGUCAUUGAAUGACUACUAAAUUGCCUGGAUUAUUCUUUUGCCACAAUGAAGAAUGUAUGACCUGAAAUGCUUUGAAUAUAAAGAUUGAAGGCAUUCAUCAUAAGUGUUACUUGUACAAGUAUUCAUGAGAAUAAUUUACAGCAUAACACUUUGUUACAGCAUAUCAUGAUAUUGAGCUGUUAUCUGGAAAAAAGAUAGAUGUUUUUUUUCCUAAUUGAAAAGCUUUAUAUAUUGCAUGCUUUUAAGGUGUUUUGUCUAUCUUGAAACAUUUGGAAAAAAAUCGUAUUCGUUGCUGAGAUACGACCAUUUCACUUAUAUCUUUUAAAUAUAAAUUGAAAUAUUGGUGUUGCCGUUUUGCAUACAUGAUGUUACAAAGGUUUUGCAACAUUGUUUAUGAUUAUGUUAUGCAGUGGUUCUCAAGUGAGAGAUAAAUCCUGAAAUCAGAGAGUUUUUAACUUCAGACAAUUGUACAGCUGUUCAGAUUUAGUUAUACGCAGAUACAUACUUGCACCAAAGCAGUAGGAAAUACCUUUAGAUGAAUAUAAAUGACAACCCCUAAUACUCAAACAGACCCCGGGUUAUUUUUCAGGAAUAACAAUUAUCAGCUUUUGAAACCUCUUAAAUUUGUUAAAGGUUAUUUGUUUGUUAUGACCAAAAUAAAAUAUUAAAUGUGAUGCAUGUUGCAUAAUUAUUUAUUGUGGUUCACGCAUACAAACCAGCUUACCGGUCGAGAUUUUGCAUUGACAACUCUUUUUCCAGAUAACGGCCCAAUACAAAAAUGAGCCUGGUUCACAUUAUGUGUUUUGUUAAUUGUAAAGAUCAUUGCAUGCACUUUGUUACUUAUGAUUGUUAUAACAUGCUUACAAUGAGAAUAAACGAUUAGUAAAUAACCA